AUGCCACAGUAUUUUUGCUAUCAAUGUCAGAGAACAGUUAGUUUGAGAGAUGCGGUAAGUGCUUUUGGCAAGGGAAUUUUGGGCUCAAAAAAGUUAGAAAUGGUCAAAAAUUGCUUUGGAAAGGCCUAAAAUUGAUGAAUUUUCAGCUAAAAUCCAUGAAAUUUGCCAAAUUUUCAAUUUUAUAGCUGAAAAAUGCAAAUUUUCAAGCCAAGAAUGGGAUAUUUUGGAUGAAAUGAAUGAAUUUUCUGAAAAUUUCAGAUUUCAGUUCAAAAAAUCGAAAAAUUCAAGAUUUUUGAUACAAAAUUGGCUGAAACUAUUAAUUUCAGAUAAAAAAUUGAGCGCCAAAGUUGAUCUACUUUAAUUCUAAGCCUAGACUUAUUUACUAUCAAAAAAAUCCCAAAUUUUGGCGCCAAAACCUACAGUAACCCAAUUUGUUUUGCAGGAUUUUAUCUGCGCUCAAUGCGGCGGCGAAUUCAUCGAAGAAGUCCGUCACCAAUUCGGCGGCGCGCAAGGCGCAAUGAUUUUCGGACAAAUUCCGGAAGAACCGGCUGCGGAAGGCGGUGCACCGGCCGCGGAAGGCGCUGCUGCUGCCGCUGCCGCAAAUCCCGUACCACCACGAGUUCGUCGCGUCAAUUUGCCACGUGGCAGCGGAGCGGCUGAAGCGAUUCCGAUUGCGGCGGCACGCGGAGGACUCGAGGAAUGGAUGCGCGAGUUGUUUGCGGGAGCCGCGGCGGCUGGAGAUGCGGGAGCUGCGGCGGCGGGAGGCGGAAACGCGGGACGCCCACUCAGUGUACAUGUACAAAUUACACCCAACGGAAUGACUAUUCGAAAUGGACCGGCUGCGGCUGGAAAUGCGGCUGAAAAUGGAGCUGCGGGAGCUGCGGGAGGAGGAAGAAAUACGAUUCAGAUGAAUUUCCCGGAAAAUAUGUUGGCCGAAAUGGUCGCUGGAAAUUUGCCAGAGUAUUUGCAACAGGUGAAUAAUUUUGAACCGAAAUUCCAGAUUUUCAGUGAAUUUCAAUUUUUGAGCUGGAUUUCAAAAAAAAAUCCCCUUUUUUCUUCAAAAACUGACGUAAAACUCAAUUUUUGACCAGAAAAUCAGAAAAUUCAAUCAAUUUUCACUCAAAAUCAAAAAUUUCAUUGAUUUACUUGAAAUUGAGGAUCUCUGACCUGAAAACCUGGAAUUUGACGAAUUUUGAAGCAAAAUUCGAGAUUUUCAGUGAUUUUUAAUGGGGCUAUUCAAGUUAUUUUCUCAACGCUGAGAAAAGCGAAGAAAACCUAUUCAGGUAGGCUGAGAAAAUACGAAAAAAGUGAAGAAAAUGCAUUUUCUCCGCAUUUCUCCUGUUUUCUCAGCGUGUUGAGAAAAUACUUGAAUAGCCCCAUAAGCUGAAAUUCAGAAAAUUUGAUCAAUUUUCACCCAACAUUGAAAAUUUCAUUGAUUUACGUGAAAUUCAAGAUUUUUACCUGAAAAUCUGGAAUUUGAAGCAAAAUUCGAGAUUUUCAGUGAUUUUUAAGCUGAAAUUCAAAUAAAUCGGUCGGUUUUGACUUGAAAUUCAAGAUUUCAUGUAUAAAUCUGCAAUUUUUCCCAAAAGUUCAAAAAAUCACGCGAAUCUCGGUUCCAGAUUUAAUUAAUGUAUAAUUAAAUCCAACUUUCUACCAGAAAAAUUUAAUUUAAAAAUCCUAUUCGUUUUUUAAUGAAAAAAAAAAAUGGAUUUUCUAGAUUUUCUGUGUUAAAUUUCAGAAAACUUUAUGAUUUUCAGCAUUUUUUCAGCCAAAAAUCGAUAUUUUUCCAGAUUCUCGACACAACUGGAAUGACAGCCACAUUCGGAAAUCACGGCAAUUCACAACGCGGUUUCACCGAGGAUCAAAUCAGAAAAUAUUUGCCAAUGACAAAAGUCACGGCGAAACACGUGGAAAAUGGAGCACAGUGCACAACUUGUUUUGACACUUUUAAAUUGGGUCAGGAUUUUUGAGGGGGUUUUGGGGGGAAAUUGGAAAAUUUCAUGAAAUUUGGAGCAUUUUGAACCUAAAUUUGAUAUAAAUCUGAAAAUUUUCAAAAUUUUCUCGCGCCAAAAUUGAUCUACAGUAAUCUUAGGCUUGUUUGGACUCAAAAACCAGAUUUUUCUCUCCGCUAAAUUAACUACAGUAAUCUUAAGCCCCCAAAUUUUCGCUCUCCAAAAUCGAUCUACAGUAACCCCCCAAAUUUUUUGCAGACGACCCAGUCGGCAAACUCGACUGUGAUCACAUCUUCCAUCGUCCGUGCAUCGAGCCGUGGCUCAAAACCAAAUCGUCGUGUCCGGUUUGUCGUCAACCGGUCAAUAUGGCCGCCUGGAAACGAAAAUAUGAUGAACAGGUGAGGAUUUUCGCAUUUUUUUGAUACCAAGCAUGAUUAGGGGCAGUUUUUGGCGCCAAAAAAUGGAAUUUUGAAUUUUUCAAAAAAAAUUCUUAUAAAUUUGAAUCCGAGCCCAAAUAAUGCGAUUUAAAUAAUUUUUAAUCUUUCCGCCAAAGUUUAUUUCUUGAAAUUCUGAAAAGUUUUGUUAACAAGUUUGCCACGUGGCAUUUUUGGCGUCAAAAAUUUUAAAAUUUGAAUUUUUCAAUUUCCCGCCAAAAAUCUAGUUCAAGUGGAUUUUUUGGACCAAAUUUUUUAAACAUUUGCCACGUGGAUUUUUCAAUUAAACUUUGAAGAUAUUCUCAAUUUUUUCUCAAAAAAGGGAGAUUUGCCCUAUUUUUCAGGCUGCCUUGUCGCAAUUCAACGUUCUCGAAGAUCUUGACUGA